AUGUCUGAAAUUGAUAUGUAUGGAGUUGAUGAAGAGGAAGAAGAGUUUUACGAGGCCAUUAGAAUUUUAUUAAUGGCAAUACAAGCAGUGAUUUAUGUGUUAUAUGAUCUUGUGCUCAGCAUACCAGAUGAAAGUAUUAGUCGUCCAUUGACUCGGAGACCAGUGACAUCAAAUGGGUACAUAUACAUGAAUAAGAUACUGGACGGAGACCCUUAUAUCUUUCAAGAGGUUUACAGAAUGUAUCCUGACGUGUUUCGGAAAUUGUGUGUCAUCAUAAAAGAGAAAACACCUUUACGGAAUACAAGACACAUUUGUGUUGAAGAAAUGCUUGCAACCUUUUUACUAGUUGUCGGUCAAAACAAUCGAUAUAGUGAACCUCGAAUGAUAUUCGAGCGAUCCCAUUUCACUGUUAGCAGAAGUUUCAACAAAAUCUUGAAGGCCUUAAAUACGAUAGCUCCAGAGUUUAUGGCUAAACCACCGCCACCUGAUACCACACCACCAAACAUAAGAGAAAGUACAAGGUUUUAUCCUUUCUUUAAGGAUUGCAUUGGAGCUAUUGAUGGCACACAUAUUCCUGCAACGGUUGUUGGACGUGAGGUAAGCAGAUACAGAAAUCGCCAUGGGAGGAUAUCACAAAAUGUGUUAGCAGCUUGCAACUUUGAUUUACAAUUCAUAUAUGUGCUUAGUGGAUGGGAGGGUUCUGCUCAUUAUUCAAAAGUGUUAAAUGAUGCUAUUUCUAGAAGAAAUGGACUCAAAGUACCAGCAGAAGAUGAUCCGGUAGAGAAUGAAGAAGAUAAUUUUGAAUGGGAUGAUUUUCAAACCCAAGAGCAGCAAAGAGAUAAUGCUAAUCAAUGGAGAAUGAGUAUUGCUAAUCAAAUGUGGGCAGAAGCUCAAGCAAAUGCCAACAAUGUAAACAAUGACAAUGAAGAAAGUGAUCAUGAAGGAGAAGAAUGA